AUGGUUGUGAUCGACCAAACUGUGGCCUUCGUUGAGAGCAACCCGGAACCGCACCACAGUCGAGACUCUGUCAUGUCCUCCACAUCCAAGCUUGCAACAGUUGUCGAAGAAGAAGAUGCAAAUGUGAUGGGGUCCACCCAGUCUGUGGAACAUGCACAUUCUAUGUCCGGCCACGAGUGUACCUGGAGCCAAGAAGAAGAUGCGCGUCGACCGGCCACAAAGCAAUUGGUCGAGAGCCUUCGCGUUAGGAUCAGAGAACUUGAGGCAGAAGUAGCACAGCUUCGCCCUGUUCACAACCCUGAUACCAUGCGUGCCAGUUUGGUGCCCUCCUCAGCAAGCAGCGACGGAGCCCAGCCCGAGCCCCAACCCGAGUUCCCAGGGCAAUCUCAUCUAACGGCGAGUCAACUCCACCAACUGACCGUCAAAGGUGCCAGUGGCCCCACAUCCAUGUGGUCUACUUUCCCCUCAGACAAUCUGUCACCCCCACAGCGUCUUCCGCACGAUCCUUACACUUAUCAAUAUGUCUUCCAACGCGACCCAAAUACGCCCUCUCACCUUCAGCCCCGUGCCACCCAACUUUCUGACCAAUGUGAAUGGGGGCGAAACCUAUGUCUGUCGCAACUCGACCCAGCUACAGAGUUUGAUCGUAUGGAGCAUGACAUCCUGCUUCAUAGAUGCUUCGCUUUUCACACUACUUGGUUGCGAGUUAUAGAGCCAGAGCACUUUUUGCGGGACAUGCUCGUCCAACUAACACCCGGAUACCCUGACCCCCAUCCUCACGAAGCCCGCGCAUUGACCUACAGCCCAUUCCUGCACUGCGCAUUAAUGAGCUUCGCAACCGCUUUUUCGGACAAACCCCUAGUAAAGGCCAAGGAAACUCGUGCCCAUUUUGCCUCAUGCGCCAAGCAGCAUUUAGAAAAGGAAUGCGACCGACCUACCAUAACAGUGGUUCAAGCCUUGACAUUUUUGAGUGACUAUCACGCAAGCUUGGGAGAACGCGGGUUGGCAUACCUAUACUUUGGAAUGAGUUGUCGGAUGGUUCGGGCGCUUGGGUUAUGCAUCGAUUCACGACCAUGGGUUGAAAGUCAACGGAUCACUCAGGAGGAGCUCGUUGCUCGAGAUUGGCAAUUUUGGUCAACAUUCUGCCAAGACAAGAUAAUGUCACUUGACUACGGUCGAGAUUAUGAUGUCCCCCUACCACACCUCAACGUAAAUCUCCCUGAAAUUGAUGAUAACCUGGAUCAACAAAUAUGGCCAGGAGAAAGAUUCAGUCGCCAGGAGAAGUUGAAAAACCACAACCAAGUCGGACUACGAAGGUCUUCUUCGAGGCAUGCAAGCUUAUGCUUUUGGAGUGCGGAUUAUGGAAGCUGUAUACUCAAGGCCGUCAAAACUGGAGGUUACACAGAAGGACACCUUAACCUCGACACAUGGUAUAACAAUCUUCCUGAGAGCCUCACCAUUUCAGCUCGCUCCGCCACCAAACCCCUUCCACACGUCAUAGUAUUGAAUAUCGCCUAUUGGUGGCUUCUUCUUCUUCUACAUCGUCCAUUUUAUGCGAGGACAGCCCGUUCGGCGUCGAACGCCUCAACGGAAAUCCCUUCUUCCUUUACCGACCUGAGCGUCAAGAUCUGUGACCGAGCAACGGUCAAAAUUGUACAUCUCGUCAUGCUCUUCGAUAAAUGUUACGGAAUGCGGUAUUUCCCGUUAUCAAUGCUUCAGGUGAUAUUCAUGGCCGGGGCUACUCUCCUAGUUCAAAGCGCAAGUCUCUCGGAAACAGCUGUCAAGAAAAGAGCCGACGCUCACGAAGGAACACGGAAUGUGUUUAUGCGCUCCAGGCCGCAGCUCAAACAUGGGAUUGUGCGAAAAUAUCAGCAAGCUACUUGCAAAGCUUAUUGCAAGAGCAAACCGCAGAGACGAAUGUUCAACUGUGGGCCUGCGAAUCUUCAAGCACAACCACCGAGUGCUGACUCAUCACCAGUGGCGUAUUCCCAUCCCGCUCUCCCGAGUUCUACUGGUCCAGCUCCUUACGGUACACUCCCAGCACCAACAACUACGCAGCUUUACCGCGAAUUCAUAUCACAACAGGACCCUUUCGAACUAGGCUACACAAUCUCGAUCCCAUCCCAACUUCAGCAUCAUGUACAGUAUCCUGGGCUCCACCAACUUCACCAACAUCCAUUGAUGGGCAUGCCGUCAGGAGCACAGUUUUUACCAAACCCACAUGUUCUGCCUUUGCCCUAUGACCCGAAUUUCCAUGAAGGGUACUCCAUGCAUCAUGGAAAUGGUACCGAGUAUUAUCACAGCGGGAGUUUCACGCCAUCUACCAUUUCUAAUAAUGGAAAUCCUUAG